AUGCAAGUUGGGAAGAUAAUUUGUGGACUUCUCUUGUGUGUGGUUGCAGAAGCGUUCCUGCUUGGGUUGGAGAGGAAAGUUUAUCGUGAAGGUGAAACAGUUGAAUUAUUAGUAAAUAAAGUCGAAAGUGACCACACACAACUACCCUUUGGGUAUUAUGAAUUACCGUUUGUGUGUCCUCCGAGUAAGGAUGCCAGACCUUUACAUUUAUCGCUAGGAGAAAUACUAAAAGGUGAUAGAGUGUGGCAAAGUGAUUAUCAAAUGAAAUUUAUGUUGGAUCUCCCGUGUAUGCGGUUGUGUGACGUCCAUGCAUUAGAAAGUGCUGCCAAAAAGGCCGAUUACUUGGUGAAGAACGGCUAUGUAGCUCAAUGGACUGUUGAUGGGUUACCUGGAGCCACUACUUUUGUUAGUGGCACCCAUAAGAAUAAGUAUUAUGCAUCAGGAUUCCCUCUUGGGUUUACUAAAAACGAUAUCAGUUACAUCUAUAAUCAUUUUACUUUGGUAAUCAGAUACCACAAGGAUCCUUCAGUCAAAGAUGGAUACAAUAUUGUGGGGUUUGAAGUUUAUCCCAAGUCAGUGAAAGAUCCUAUUUGCCCUGGGAACUCAAAGGAUUACGAAAAUUUACCAUUGGUCCCUAAAGCAGACGCAUCAGGUAAAAAGAAGGUUAUUAUUCCAUGGACAUAUUCUGUAUACUGGAGAGAAGAUCAUUCUGUGACAUACAAAGACCGCUGGGAUUCAUUUUAUCAGAAUGAUGCCUCCAAUCAGAGCCAUAAGAUCCAAUGGUUGUCCAUUAUCAACUCAAUGGUGCUCUUGAGUUUGCUUUCUUUGGCCGUGGCCGUUGUGCUCUCGAAAAUGUUGAAGCAAGACAUUCAACGUAAAAACGCACUUCCAACGACAUCAAUUAAAAGCAGCACUAGUAGUGGCAGUUUGGUCUGGCAACGGUUAGAAGAUGAAGUGUUUUCCAGUCCCCGAUUCACAUUGGUCUUUUGUGUUAUCCUUGCUUGUGGUAUACAAAUUUUAUUUGCAGCCGCAGGUGUAGUUGUUAUCUUUGCAGUUGGGUCCAACUUUGAUAUUGGUCGAGUGCCCUCUAAUUCUCUGUGGCUAUUCCGCAGUCAUGAUGGAGCCUUCUUCUCAUUGUCUAUUUUCCUAUUGUUGGCUUCAGGAUUUGUAUCUUCUUAUUUGGGAAUCAUAGCUCAUAAGAUUUUCCAGAACGACCCGAUACAAGAAACUUAUCGGCUAAGAAAGACCUUGUUUUUAUCAUUACUAUUCAGUGGCUCGUUACCGGGUACCAUUCUAUUGGUGGUUUAUUUUCUUAAUUUCUUUGUGUGGUACAAAGAGUCCUCCAAUGCCUUACCCUUUGGAACCAUUGUUGUUCUAUUGAUAAUGUUUUCCCUUAUAGAACUCCCCUUAGGGAUUGUUGGGGGAUAUUUGGGUAAUAUUCGGAAAGUGGUGGUGGGGAAAGAUUGGCUCAGAACAGUUCAAACUGGUCAUCGGAUCAAAUCCAAUGCAGAAUAUUUGGAAUUGGAUAAGCGUACUCCAUGGUUUUCUCAUCCAAUCUUAAGUACCAUUGUAUUUGGUGUAAUCCCCUUUGGAGUGGUUUAUGUUGAUCUUAAUGUGAUAUUCAAUUCCAUAUGGUUAGAGAAAACAACCUUUUACUAUAAGUAUGGGUUUCUUCUUUUAACCCUUGGAAUGUUAUUUAUGGUUCUUGCUGAAUCAGCCGUUAUUGCCAUCUAUGUCCUGCUUGCUGUCUACUCUAAUCCUCAUUGGCAAUGGCUUUCGUUCAACGUGGGAAGCAGUAUAGGUUGGUUUGUGUAUGCUUAUCUGACAUACUACUUCAUUUUCCACAUGCACGUGAGUGAUUUUGUGCUGGUCUUGUUGUACUUUGUCUAUAUGGGAUUGGUUAGUGCGUUAUUUGGAGUGGCCUGUGGGGUGGUUGCCGUUAUGUCUGGUUAUAUCUUUGUCAGUAAGAUAUACCAAAGUAAUAAGGUGGACUAA